AUGAGUUACCUGGACGACGUACCUUUCAAAGUGACCACAAAUGUGGUAGACGAUUCUGUGGGAGAGGCACACUUGGUGCAAGCACCUGAGUUUGAGAUGCCCAAUUGUACAGAGAUCCUGAUAUACACAAUGCACGAUUUCUCACUAGAAAAGAAGGUGCUGUAUUGGAUAGAGUCCGCCUCUCGGCAAGACACACCCUGGUAUGAAGUGACCACGGAUGUUGUCCCAACAGCUCCACCUUGUUGGCUCCUCUUGGUAGACUCCAAAGAAAGCAGCCCCAAGGCGACCGGUAUCCGAAUGCAGGAUGUGUCCCCUGUGCGGAGAUGCGUGAGUCUGGAUGGCGAGGACGAAGGUCAGCGGAUUGCAAGGGUGAACAGAGACUGCUGUUCCGAGGAGGAUGAAGACUCCACAGGCGAGGGGCCUUCUUCGGCUACCUCUACAGAAAGCAACCUAGAAGAGUGCCCCGUAUCUGAUGCCGGACACGUUCCUAGCCAUUUGCCUCGUUUUUUAAGUCCUCCGCAACAAAGACCACAGACUUCACCGGUUCCAUCAACUGCCCCUUUUGAGGGCAGCUGCCCAAAGCCAGCUCUGCUCAAGCAGAGCAGAUCGUUACUUUUAUUUAACAACGUGAAGAACGAGUUGGAAAGAGUCAAGGGGAAGCUUGCGGCUUUCGUGAACCAGUCUUUGACAGAACCCAGCUUGGCUUCCAGAGCCUUUUCCCUUCACCAGCGCUCCCGGAACAGCAGGAAGCUGAGAUACAGAUCUGCCUCGGAUGCAUCCCUGGUGGGGACUUUAAGGCCCACCCCACCUUCUACACCUUGCUGUAGCCCAAGACCCCGCAGCUCUGCAGGUUUGAUCCCUCCCAUUCAAAAGCACAAGCCCACUGUUGCCUCCCUGAGUCCUUAUUCCUGCCUCCCACCCCCUCCAGGGGCCCAGCAAUCCCUCGGUUCCCACAGAAGUCAUCCGGACUCAACAGCUGACUUGCUCGAGGCACUCAGUCAAGAGGAGCGUGACCUCAUCGAGCCCGUUUUAGCCUUGGGUUAUCCGAUACGGAGGGCGAUCCUGGCUCUCCAAAAAACGGGGAGGCAAAGCUUGGGGCAGUUUCUCAGUUACCUCAGUGCCUGCGACAAGCUGCUGAAACAAGGAUACGAAGAAGCAGAAGUGGAGGAAGCCAUGGAAAUGUUCCAGAACUCAGAGAAGGUGGCUGCAGAGUACCUUCACCUCCUGGCCCAGUUCAACGACAUGGGCUUCCAGCAAGCAGACAUCAAAGAGGUCUUGCUACUGUGUGAGAACCAGGGCGAUAACGCGCUGGAGGAGCUCAUGACCCGGACCCUGUGA